AUGAGGUACUGUGACAAGUUUUUCGGAAGAACGACAAACAAUGAUAUUUCGAUGUGUCGUCGAAAUGCCGUAUUUAUAAUUACGGCAUUACGGCAAAAUGGGAAUUUGGCCUUAAAAUAUAAAGCUUUAAAAGCAGGCGGAAGUUGGCUAACAAAGGAACGCCAGAAAUUUGAAAAUUUUACCGAAGAAAAAUUUCAAAGUUUUUACCAAUCAGCUGCAAUAAAUAUCGAAGUUAUAAAUGUUUUUCAUGAAAAUCAAGAUGCUGUUUCAAUUUUUGUAAAUGGAAAUCUAACAAGUCUAACCGGAUACAAAAAUGUGUAUAAGAGACAGNAAAGGGAAGUUGCUCGAAUGUUUACUACAGUCGACUCUAACGAAUCAGCCAAUUAA